CUUUCCUUCCAUCUCCAUAUACCCUGACUCUAUUCUUGCCCUUCGAUGUCGCUCCAUUAACCAUCUAGCUUCAAGUGACUGAAAAGAAAACGCGAGCGAAAUUCUCCUAGGCCUGCGCCCCUCUUUUAGACCCAAACCAUACCACUCAUGAAUAGACACACAAGCAUUUCUUCAUACUAUCAGUCCAGCUCAAAACCAAACUCACUUGUUCCAUUCUCUUCCGACACAUCAUCGUCACCGUCUAAUUUAUUACAGUCUCAGCGUCAACCGAGUCAGCAACCACCCCAUCACCCCGCUCCAAUGCAGCAACCUCCUCCACCACCAAGAAACCAAAAGACCGACCAGAUCCUUCAGUACUUUUAUGUAAAAGUCAUCCAAAUUGUAGUUCUGGCUCGUGUGACACAUCCGGAUUAUUAUACUGGUAGCAACACACCUAGGAAAGGAUCCUUGCGGGGUACACCAUUAGUAAAAAAGACAAGCAAAUGGUUCAAUUUGGAGCUAGAGGACCUAGAUAUUUACAAGGAAGAUGCCAAAUUCUGGAGGACGAUUGCUAUCACAGAGUCUCCGCCAGCCAUGCUGGUUGAGCUGCUGUUAGACACUUCAGAGCUUUCAUCAAAUCAAAUGUUAGUAUUAGUGGACGAAAACAACCGUAAAAACAGGGUUGAUAUUGCAGGAUCAUCGACAGCUUCUACUCCGCUAGGCCAAACUAGAAUGCGACGAAACAUUAUACUCGAAUCUUGGUCCUUGUCACUCAGUAAUACUCCUCCAGAGCCUGUCCCAGAGCCACCUGUCGUGUAUAAAAAGUCAAUUAUAUUUUUCAGGUCAUUAUUUGCAUACAUGCGUCUCUUACCUGCCUAUCAACUAUAUCGCCGUCUUCGGAAGCAGAACCACCCACUGAAAAUUGGGUUUCGAGUUAGCAGAGGUCACAGUCCUGAAGAAAGUAUAUUUCGAGAUUCCGAAAUUGGGAUUGAGGUACCAUUGAUCGAAGGAGAGACGCGGCCUAAGCUGGCAGAAUAUCGUUUUGGUCAAGUGGAGACAUCUAUUGGGGCAUUUUCCCUUAAAGUCACUUAUCGAUGUAAUUGCGAGUUUAAUGUCGAUGAAUCUGAAGCUGUUUUGAGCUCCAGAUUUAUAGACAUGGACGAAAAUUACUUUACACCAACCGUUGCCACUCAUUCACAAGAGCCGCCUAGGUUGAUGAGGCAGCCAAGCUUGGAUAAUCCACAGCGCCGAGCACUGUCAUCAGUACCUUUGGUACAAAGGCCUACUAGUGAACUAUACAGUUCGGGAACUUAUUCUGAUAACGCUGUUCCAAACUUUCGGCCUCGACGCAACAGCGCACAAUCAUUACAAAUGCGGUCCGGUGAGAAUUCGUCUUCGCAAUCGUCAGUGUCGUCCCUAGGCACCCGUAUGUCGCGGCGGGGCUCAAGUGGCGCCUCAGGAGGACUUAUAGCUUCCAUGGAUCCUCAAAACCCCACUGGUACUCCACCUUUUUCUUUAACGCACGGAGGACAUGCUCUUGUGGCGAAGCAUUAUGUUGAUCCUAUAGCAGAAAGCCCUCCCUUCAAGAUGGGGGUAAAGUACAAUAGUAGUAAGACCUUUUGGAGCGUAUCCGUUUGUUCAUAGCUUCUAACCUUCAAUGCUUUUGUUAUCCUCCAUAGGCAAGUCAACCUGAUAACCGUAGAAACCUCUCAUCUACUUUCUCGCCGUUCAAAUCACCUUCCUUGUCAUCUUCACCUUCACCAUCGUACCUUGAAGCAUUACCAUC